AUGUAUAAGUCUGAAAUAGAAACAUCUUCGACUGAAUCUGCCACAAAUGCUUCUUCCUCGCAACAUCUUGAAAUAGAAACAAGUUAUAUGUCAAACGACACAUCAAGAUUGGUAAAGAAGAAAAAGACGAGCACAAAGGCAUUAGUGAAGCGUCUACUAGGCGUUGUGGCUGACUUAAGUUCUAAAGUAGACCGUAUAUUACAGAAAAAAGAUGAACCAGACAAAAAUGUUGAACCAGACAGAGGGUUUCGAGAGGAGGAGGAGGUGGAGGAGGAGGAAGAGAUGAUAAAUGAAGAGGAGGAAGAAAAAUAUUACCAGGAUACACAUUUUGACUAUGAUGAUAUAGUUGCAAUCCACACCAAAAUUGAAGAAAAUCACCAAAGCAAAGAAAAAAAAGUAGUGAAGAGUCCUGAAAAAGCAAAUGAAGACAUUGUGAAUGAAGAGAGUAAUGAUGUUUCAAAUUAUCUCCUGCUCGACAAUGUUGAAGCUGCCAGUACGUUAAGUUUUGGAGAGAAUGGAAUACGAUCUCUUCCAACCUAAACACUAAACAUAGGCUGCAUAUGCUCACACUGGAUGUGGAGUUUUGGUCGAGGUUACUUGCAGUUACUGACGCUGGGUGGUUAAUUUCUUCGGUAAUAUUCGUUAAAGAUAAUUUUUAAUUACAUUUUUAGACGAUAAUUUAUAUAAAAAACUGUAACAUUUUUAUCUUAAAAUGUACAACAUAUUGCGAUAUGGAGUGCCUUGCUCAUGGAAAGACGGUCGGCGAACGCAAGGUGGACGAUAUUCCCUCAAGAACUUAAUUUGCAAAACGGAAAAACAUAUUUUCUUAGGAAUAUAGCAAAUGGUGUCGGAGGCCAUCCUAAAUGGAAGGAUGUGUAUAUGGUUAGUUAAGUUUAUUAAUUAUUUUAUUUAUAUAGGAACUGAAUUAAUGACUAUUAAAAAAAAUUGUUUGUAGGUUCUAUUCCCCAUAAACGUUCCUCAUGCCCAUUGGUUUUUGGCAGUGCUACAUUUAGAUAUUUGCAAAGUACACAUUUAUGACUCAACACGAUGUAUGAAUUACUUCACAACAUACUUAACUGGUGGAGAAUUCAAAAGUUUUGGGGAUAGUAUAAUCGAAGAGCUAGAUGAGUUACUUC